GCGGCUGCGGCCCGGCCCUGCGCUGCUGGGGCUCCUCCUGGCCGCCCCCCCUCCCCGCCUGCAGCCGCGGAACCACACGGAGCACCGCACUGCGCCGCGCACCGCUUCUGCUCCUCCUGGGGCUCCCGCUGCAGCUGCUGCCCGGCGCCGCUCGGAGCCCCGCAACCGGACCCCCCCAUCCCGCAGCUGCCCGAGGCGGCGCCCGCAGCGCACCGGGGGAAGCUGCUCCUUCCCAGCCCUCCCCGCCCCGCCGGGCGUUGCAAAGCCUCCGCCCGCGGCCGCGCUGAGGUUUUCGAGCUAAAAACUGCACUGCCUACAGCGCGGAGGGGCCGCCCGCCCUCAGCCCCGCGCGCCGCGGCUCCCGGCCGGACCGCGGGGCUCCCGAGGGCGAUGGGCGCAGCCCCGAACCGCCCCGCAGCGGACGUGCGGAGCAGCGGACCGCGCCGUCCUGCAGAGCCCCGCCGGGUUCCCCCGCACUCCGGCAGCUCCCCCGUCCUGAGCGCAGCGCAGCGGUUGCAGCUCCCGGCCGGGACGGAGCACCGCCACCCGCGCUGCCCGACGCCGCGCGUGGGAUGCGGGCUGUGCCGGAGGACCCCCGCCCUGCCCGCUAUCGCGGCGCUAUCGGUGCCGCCGAGGUGCUGCGCCGGAACGCAGCGCGGAACGCGCCGUCACAUUUUCCACCGCCGGGCUCCGGGCAGCGGCUCCGGCGCGUCCCCGCCGACGGCAGCGCUAUUUGCGGCUCUCGCGGUGCGGGUGGGGGCACAGCGCGCCGUGCGGGGCCGCUGCGUUCACCCCGACGUCACCCCGACGCCCACCGAGCGCUGCCCGCACAGAGCAUCGCUGUGCAGCGCGGGGAUCCCCCCGGCCCCGCUCCGUUCCCCGCCCCGUCCGGGGCUGUGGGGGCGGCAUUCCGCCCCACGCGCGAUGCGCUCCGCCCGCCCCGACGGCGCCCCUCGGCCGCCGCCUCUAAAAGGGCUCCGGGCGGCAGCGGGGCCGUCAUCCCCAUACGGGGCCGGGCAGCGGACGGCGUCGGAACGGAGCUCCCUCCGCAGCGACGGGCGAGUGGGGCUUCCGAGGCGCUGCCGGACGCCGUUCAGGAGCGCUCCCCCACGGGUGGGCCGCCGCUGGCGAUGCUGCCGUUCCGCGUGCCGGUGGUCGCCACGGCGGGCAGCGACGUCUUCGAGGACGAGCGGGAGGAGUUGGCGCGCAACACGCGGCAGCCGGGCUGCAAACCGCCGCGGUGCGGCGCGGCCUUCCCGGCCCGCAUUACCGCUUCCUUCUCUUCCACGUUUCGCCCUCUCGGCGCCGUUCCCCACCUCCGCGGUGCACCGAACGGCCAAAGCGGCGCUCCCGACGGGGCGGCGGUUCCACGCGGGCCGAGAAGGCGCUCCUACCGGGGCGGCCGCCGCUCUGCGGUUCCGAGUGCCGCCGCUCUUCGCGUGCCGCCGCCGGCCGUGUCCGCACCGCGUCCACGGCUUCGCGUCCGCCCCACCGAGAAGACCGCCUUCAUCCGCUUCUGCUUCGCCGUCGGGUUGGCGUCCGCGCCGCUCAGCCUGGCGGAGCUCCGCCGCCUCCUGCGCAACAGCCGAACGGCCCCCGAGGGAUCCCCCCCCCCGCGGGCCGCCCUGGAUGUGUGAAAGGCGCGCGCGUCACCGCUGCGAUGAGCUGUGGCUGCGCUCAGCCGGGGGGGGCCGCCGGUCCGCAUCGGUGUCAGGAAGCAGCCGUGCCCCGCCGCCCCCCCCGCUCCACGCGCGGUUCCCGUCGUGGGGCGGCGGAUGGACCUCACCCUGCGCUGCUGGAAAGAAAACGGGAGAAAAAGGCAAACGAAGCACCCCGCGGUGCUCCGCCCACCCCCGCUUUGUUGGAUGCGGGGGGGCAAUGGGACCCCGCCGUGGGGCUCAGCACGUGCCCCCCCUCCCCCCCCGAUGCCCCACAGGAAGGACGAGCCGGGCAUAGAAUAAAUAAACUUUAUUCUGGA